AUGAACACACAAUUCCUCCGCUUCUCCGUGAUUUUGAUUGUUCUCGGCUGCGUUAGGGCGGUAAGAUUAUUAUUUUUUAUUAAAAAAUAUACAGAUUUUUAAUAAAAAUUUUUUUUUUAUUAUUUUUUAAUUUUGUUUUGCAUUUUUUAUAAACUAUUUUUACUAUUAAUCCUAUCAAAUUUUUUUGAUGAGAUAAUUUAGACGAAAAAUAUGAAAUUUGAAACGUUUUUUAUCUGGAAUUCCCUGGGAUUUAUCAUUAAUUAAGCUUUUAUUCAAAUUACUAUAAUUUGAGAAGCAAAAAAACCAUUAUUGGUUACCUAAAAUGCCUAAAAAAUAUACAGUAUAAUGAUAAAAUGAAAUAUUUUUUUUGGUAUUAAUUUUUUUUUAUUAAAAAAAUUAUUGAUCAAAAAUGAUUAUUUUUUCGUUUUCAGCUCAAAAUAUUUUUUUCAGGCCUUGGCUGGAGUUGCAAAUACGGGAGAGAAACGGGCCUUUGAUGCCCUCACCGCCCGAGGCUUCAACGGAUUCGACAAGCGUGCUUUCGACUCAUUUGUAAGUUCAAAGCAUUUUUUAUUUUUUUUUCUUUGACGGAAAAUGUGAUAUCAUCAUUUUUUAGAGACCAAAAAAAUCGGGAUUUUUUAAAAAUAUAAAAAAAAAAUUAAACAAAAAAAUUUAAAAAAUUAUUUUUUUUGGUGCUUCUUAAAAAAUAAAAAAAAAUUUAUUCUAAUUUUUUUUAUUUCUCAAAAAAUUUUAAUUACGGUAGAUUAGUAAGCUAAAUUACCACGAAUUUCGCGAAACUAAAAACCGACACAAAAAUACGAAACAAAACGUUAGCGAGUAAUUGACAAAUGGUGACAACUUUGAUGGCCUUCCCGGAAACAUUUUGGGGAAGAAAAUGUCACGUUCGUGGGGGUAAUUUUUGCAAAAACGCGGGGGACCUUCUCUGUAAAAUCUUUGGGGGAGAAAAAAUAAUAUUAUUUUUUAUUUAUUAAUAUUUAUUUAUUAAUAUUUAUAUAUUUAUAUAUUUAUAUAUUUAUAUAUUUAUAUCUUUAAUACUUAUUUAUUUUAUUAAUAUUAUUUUAUUAAAAUAUUAUUAUUUAAUAAAAUUUUUUUAAAAAAAAUAUAAAUAUUAUUUUUUUAAUAUGUUUUUUAUGUUUUCUGAAUUCCUUAGAAGGCUUAAAAAUUAAAAAAAUAUAUUUUUAUGAUUUUUUUAUAAAAAUAAAAAAAACAAAAAAAAAAUUUGAAUUUUCUUCAAUUUUCGACUAAAGCUUUAUUAAAAACAUUUUUGUCAAAAAAAUAAAUAAAUAAAUAAAAAAAUAUCACCAAAAAUAAAAAAUAAAAAUUUUUUAGUCGGUAAAAAAAAUUUUGCCCCUAUUCUUAAAAUUCUCUCAAUUUUUCGGCCAGUGCCAUUCUGCACUGGUCAAUUACCCCUCUUUCUUUUCAUUGUUGACCUUUUUUGACCCUUCCUUGGAUGUAUAUGUAUAUAUACUUAUUCCAAAAAAGUUCGCGGGAUUGCAAUUUCUCGUAAUUUCUCGGCCAAAAAUUCCCACGAAUUCCAAAAAUAUCAGGGAAAUUUUCGGAAAUCCCCAUUUUCAGACACAAACGAAUCCUUUGGACUUUUAAUUCCGUAUUUUUUGAGAAUUUUUUUUAGAAUUUUUUUUAACUAAAAAUCGGAUUUUCGCUUGGGUUAAGCCAUUGAAUUACUGUGGAGAUUGGUCAGUUAGGUGGAAAAUGGCGUUCUCGAAAACGAUGUUGAAUUAAAUAAAAUAGAAAAAAAUGAAUUGGAAAAAAAUUCGGUUCAAAAAAGAUAAACAAAAAAUUAUUUUUUUUUUCUCUGACUGUCUCUCUUUCUCAAAGUUUUGUUCAAUUUCCAUGUUAAAAAAAGUGUCAAAAUUAUAUCGUAAUAUGUCUGCUAUAUAAUAGUCUUCAUUUCUUCUUAAAUUUUAUUAAAAUCCAAGCCCUUUAGCCUUGGCUUUUCUCUAGCCGUCUCUCCUAAUUUUAUGUAGUCUCUCGUCAACAAAGAUUGUUGAAUAUCUCGGCUCCUUUUGCAAAGCUGAAAUUUUCAGAAACUAACCUCUUCACCUUCUAGAAAAAAUAUACAAAAUUUAAAUAAAAAUUUGUAAGGUACCCUUUUAGAUAUUCAAAUUUUUUUCAUUUUUUCGAAUUUUUCAAACAAAAAAAAUUUUCGAAUUGUUUUCGAAACUACCCCUCCAACAUGUUCUAUGUUUAUUUUCUCAACCUCCCACUUCAUUUUUACCCAAUUAUUACACUCCUCCGUCGAAAUUUUUCCAAUUUUGGACUCGAAACAUGACACGAAAUUAUCAUAUUUCCUGACACGUUCCAAAUUAAUUCUAAUUAGUUUGCGCGUGGGUUACAUGUCACGCUGGUUCCGAAACCCGUAAAACAUGUAGAGUUUGUGUAGUUUUUGGUCGGAUAUUCGAUAUUCAAAUAGUUGCAAAGAGCGCAAGUUUGGCGAUGAAUAAAAGAUUUAGCGAUUAAAGAUUCUGAUGAUUUUUUGGUGGAUUAAGAGAAGGAAGUAGAAUAAAAACGAGAUUAAAAUGGAUUGAAAAUUCAAAUUAAAGUCUUUAUUUAUAAAAAUUUCAAAAGGAAAUACCACAUUUGCCAUUUUUAAUUUGGCAGGCUGCGCCCAUAAACUCAAAAAACAUUUAAAAAAUUUUAAAAUAUAAGCUUCAAAGUUUCAAUGUCAUAAUUAUUGAAAAUAUAAAAAAAUUAAACAAUGUUUGCAAAUUCUUUACUUCGCAGGCUGCGCCCACACAACAAUAAAACAUCACAAAAAGAUUUUAAAAUACGUUUAUCAGACUUCAUGUGCGUAGUGGACGUUUUUGUCCCCACCCCGGUUUUGUCCCCAAGACGGUUUUGUCCCCAGGACGUUUUUGUCCCCACUUUUUUCGAGCCUUUUUGUCCCCAGACCGGUUUUGUCCCCAGGACGGUUUUGUCCCCAAGACGUUUUUGUCCCCACUUUUUUUAUUUUUUUGUCCCCACACCGGUUUUGUCCCCAGGACGUUUUUGUCCCCAAGCUGGAUAGUACGAUAUAGUACGACUAAAAAUUAUGCAUUCAGAUGUUAAUGCUGUUGGUUUGGUGCACAGUACUGCUCAAACAACUUGUUCUUAGCGCUUGGUACUGUAUAGUACGAUGUUGUACUAUAUAGCACGAGGUAAAAAUUAAGCCAUAACACGUCAAUGCUAUGGGUUUGAAGCCCAGUACUUCUCAAAAAUGUGUUUUAGCACAUGGUACUAUAUAGCACGAAUUUGUUUUUGCACAAAAUGAACGUCUGGUCAGUACUGCAUACCAAAACAACGUCAUUCACGCGUUAUAGCUUAAUUUUUACCUCGUGCUAUAUAGUACCACCUUGUACUAUAUAGUACCAAGUGCUAAAAACACAUUUUUUGAGAAGUCCGGGGCUUCAAACCAACAGCAUUAACGCGUUAUGGCUUAAUUUUUACCUCGUGCUAUAUAGUACCACCUUGUACUAUACAGUACCAAGUGCUAAGAACAUGUUGCUUGAUCAGUACUGUGCACCAAACCAACAGCAUUAACAUCUGAAUGCAUAAUUUUUAAUCGUACUAUCCAGCUUGGGGACAAAAACGUCCUGGGGACAAAACCGGUGUGGGGACAAAAAAUAAAAAAAGUGGGGACAAAAGCGUCUUGGGGACAAAACCGUCCUGGGGACAAAACCGGUCUGGGGACAAAAAGGCUCGAAAAAAGUGGGGACAAAAACGUCCUGGGGACAAAACCGUCUUGGGGACAAAACCGGGGUGGGGACAAAAACGUCCUGGGGACAAAACCGUCUUGGGGACAAAACCGGGGUGGGGACAAAAACGUCCUGGGGACAAAACCGUCUUGGGGACAAAACCGGGGUGGGGACAAAACCGGGCCCAAUCCUUCAUGUGUCAUAACGUGAUCUGAUUUUACAUAAUAAAAAACUUUUUGCAAAUUUUGGAAUGGCAGGCUGCGCCCUAACUAAAUUAAAAACUCGCCUUUAUUAAAAGCAAAAACGAAAGAAAAAGCAUCUAUUAGGUAAAAUACGACAAAAAAAUCACAUUCUACAUUUUUAGACCGGCUCCGGCUUCACUGGCAUGGACAGAAAACGCUCAUUCGACUCAUUCACUGGCGCUGGAUUCACCGGAAUGGACAAACGAUCUUUUGAUGCUUUGGUAAGUGCAGUCAGGUGCUUGUAAAAUACGUCAAUGACUUUUUGGAAUAAAUAGAUCGCAAAGUUUCAUAUAAUUUUUCCGAUUUUUGAGAGCUAUAGAAAUUUUUCCCAGAAAACUUGGAUUUUUCGGAAAUUUGGGUAAAAUAUGGGCAGAUUAAGCGUACCUUCUUUCAAAUGUUGAUACUACGGACCGCUACAAGUCUUUAUCAAUGCGUUUUGAGAACUUUUUCAACUGAAUUUUUCGCUGAAAAUACGAUUUUUUUCUUCUUUACCUACUAGAAUAUCCAUUUUGCGAAUUAUUCGCCAAUUACCGCUCAUUAUUCCCUUGCCAAUUUCUUCAUACCUCCUGAGAGACCAGUUAGCCUCUUGGAAGUUGUGUUCCCUCCAAUUUUUCCCACCAAAAUGGCUAGGAGAUUGAGUUUCACCUUGUUCCGGCAGCUACGUCACAGAAUGGGAGAAUUGGACGAUUACUCCUACACUUUUGCGUAUAAUUAAGAAAUUAAAAAAAAAUUCUUGAAGAGCAGAUUAGUCCUGCGUUCUUCACUUUUUCGCAUGUCAAAAAUUUGAAGAUUGGCACGCAACAUCAUAGUAAAUUAAUUUGUCAUGAUUAACAUAUUCUGAGAUCGCAGGAAGCGAAAAAAGGUUAACAUGCAAAAAUAUAUGCUGUAAAAUGUUCUGCUUUUAUGAAAUUUGCAAAAAGGAAAAAGUAUUUUUUAGGCGACAUUUUAUACGAUGAAAAUUUUCUUUCGUAUAAGAUGUCACUUCAGAGAUAUUUUUGAAAAAAUGGAAAAUCAGUGUAAAAAGAUACGUAGUUGUAAUUUAAUUCAGAUAAGAAAAAUCUUUUGCUUGACAUUUUAUACGAUGGAAAUGUUCCUUCGUAUAAAAUGUCACCAUAGGCGCAAAUUUUUCAAAAAAUUAAAAAUGAACGUUGAGAAAUCCGUAGUUCUGAUUUAACUCCAAUAAAAAUUACUCAGGCGACAUUUUAUACGAUGAACUCUUUCAUCGUAUAAAAUGUCCCCUUUGGGAAAAGAAAUCAAACCCAGCCGGAACUAAACUUUUGUGGAAAGUACAAAACCACUAAUUUUUAAGUAGCAAGCUGCUCUCUAAAACCCUGGCGCCAUUUUAUACGAAAAAUUUUUUAUCGUAUAAAAUGUCACCUCAAGGAAAACUAAUCGAAAACGCUAAAAAAUGAAGGCAAAUACUUUUACAAAGAAAAACAUGCGCAGUAAAUAAUAUAAGACAAUUGCAGACCGGCUCCGGCUUCACUGGCAUGGAUAAACGCUCUUUCGACUCAUUCACUGGCGCUGGAUUCACCGGAAUGGACAGGAAACGAGCCUUGGCCCGCAUGGUAAGGGAUUUGAAGGUCUAAGACUUGUCUUAGAAAUUAGUAGACACAAAAAUGCGGCUUGAAUUUUUUUUUUUUUUUUUUUUUUUUAAGAUUUGUUUGGGAAUUUUUUUAAAGAAUUGUGUAAAAUACGUCCCGAAAAAAAGAUAUAUUCUAAAAAAUUUAAAAAAACUUGUUGUAAUUUAUGAUUCCUUUCUGUUUUUCUUUUUUUAUUUUUUUCACACUUUUCACGAAAAUUAUGUUUCUUGGCCAGUCCCGAAGGCUCAAUAAAUCCUCGACGUAAUGACCCCGGAAGCUUUGAAAAUGAGCUCAAAAAGCAACAAAAAAAAUGUGAAGUUUUAGUUUUCGAAAGCUCAUAAAAAUUUGAAAAUGUCGGUCUCAAAAACACAUAAAAAGUCGACAAUAUUUAUGCAAACUGCAUUCCCCGACGCAUUUUCAUGAUUUAUUCAGACAAUUUCCGCAGCGCCAAAAAGAAUUUUAUGCAAAAAAAAAUUUUUUGAAAAAAUGAAAAAAUAAAAAUGAUUUUUUAUUAAAAAAAAUUAUUUUUUUUUUGUAAAUGUAAUUAGUAUUUCGCUGUACAACUUCCAUUUUUCAGAAUAAUUUGAAUUUAGAAUUUUUUUGCAUUUUUUCUCUGUGAAAGAAGAGUAAUUUGUAAAAGUAAAUGCAAUUUAAUCGAAGAUAAACAAAUUGAAUUUGCGGAAAGAGAUAUCAAAUGAAGUACGUCUACUUUAGUAUGGAAUUGAGGGCGUUCCAAAAAUUUAUUCUUGGAAAAUUGGGGAAAAUAAAAAAAAAUAAUAAAAACAAUUUUAAAUAUUUUUUAAAAUAUUUUUUUAUUUUUUAUUUUUUUAAAUUAAUAAAUAAUGAAAAAUCCAAAAAAUAUAAAAAAACUUUUAUUUUUAAUAGAAAUAUUUUAAAGAAUUUUGUUUAAACAAAUAAAAAAUUAAAUUUUAUAAAUUAAAAAUUAAAAAACUUUUUAUUUAUAUUUACAUUUACACACAAAAAAAUAAUUUAAAAUUUUCUACAAUAUUUAUUUUUGAUUUUUUAUUUUUUUUUUGAAUUAAAAAAAUAGUUAAAAAUCCAAAAAAUAUAAAAAAAACUUUUAUUUUUAAUAGAAAUAUUUUAAAGAAUUUUGUUUAAAUAAAUAAAAAAUUAAAUUUUAAGAAUUAAAAAUUAAAAAAUUUUUUAUUUAAAUUUAUAUUUACACACAAAAAAAAUAAUUAAAAACUUUUUAAAAAUAUUUUUUUAAAUCCAAAAAAUAAAAUAAAAUAAAAUUUACCCAAUUUUUCUUGCAGAUGGCGCAGAAGCGAGCCUUCGACUCGAUGACCGGCCGCGGAUUCACCGGCUUCGAUUAG